AUGAUCGGUGAUGAUCCGAAAUACCAAUAUCCGGUGCAUCCAUCUUUCGACCAUUGGCGGUUUCCCCACGACGACCUUCCCGCCCUCUGGGCAGAACUGGCGAUUGCCCCGGCUGACGCCACGCGCCCAUCUAAGCAGAGAGCUGCCGCAGACAAUCGAGACAUAACUUGCCGAAUAUCCGGGCACUAUAAUGCUACCGAAAUCGCCUAUCUUAUACCCCGGUCGGCCGGCCACUAG